GGUAAUCUCUUUGGAAUUCAUCAAGUAUAAUUUUGAAGCUGAAGGUGAAAGAAAUUACAUUAUGCAAGUCGUUUGUGAAGCUACUCAAGCUGAUGAUAGUGAAUUACGAGCCAGUGCAUUUGGAUGUCUUGCUAGAAUCAUGGCCUUAUACUACCGUCAUAUGUCUCUUUACAUGGAAAAGGCAUUAUAUGGAUUAACUGUAUCAGGAAUGCAAAGUUCUGAUGAAAGAGUUGCCUGUAUGGCUGUUGAAUUCUGGUCAACUGUUUGUGAAGAAGAAUUGGAAAUUGCAUUACAAAGACAAGAAUUUGGUUUAGAUCUUGAAAAUGUUCAACAAAUUCCUCCAGAAUUCACUUCAUACAAUUUUGCUCUCGUUGCUGUUCAAGAUGUCUUGCCUACACUUUUAACUUUAUUAACUAGACAAAAUGAAGAUCCUGAAGAUGAUGAUUGGUCAGUUGCCAUGGCUGCUGGUGCAUGCUUACAAUUAUUUGCUCAAAAUAUUGGUAAUUAUGUCGUUGAACCUACUUUGAAUUUCGUGGCUGCCAAUAUCACCAACCAAGAGAACUGGAGAGCCAAAGAAGCUGCAGUUAUGGCCUUUGGCUCUAUCUUGGAUGGUCCCGAACAUGAGCAAUUGAAGUCAUUGAUUACUCAAGCAUUACCACCAAUUCUUAAUUUAAUUAAUGAUGAAGCAUUACAAGUUAAAGAGACCGUGGCAUGGUGUCUUGGUAGAAUUGCUGAUGUUGUUGUUGAUGCCAUUGACCUUGAUACUCAGUUAUCUCCAUUAAUCCAAGCAUUAACUUCCGGAUUACGCGAUCACGCUAAAGUUUCCACCAAUUGUUGUUGGACAUUGAUUAAUUUGUUGGAACAAUUAUGUCAAGAACAAUUGGAUACUAACAUUAUGUCACCAUAUUAUCAAACCAUUAUUCCAAUUUUGUUACAAAUUUCUGCUAGAUCUGAUAAUGAAUUUAGUAGUAGAGCUUCUGCUUAUGAAGCAUUGGCUACUUUUGUGACUUAUAGUGCUAAUGACACCAUGUCAAUUGUUCAAGGUAUUGCUACUGAAGUAUUAUCAAGAUUGGAAUCGACCAUCAUCAUGCAAUCUCAAGUUACAAGCGCCGAAGAUAAGGGUAAUUUAGAAGAAUUACAAACCAAUAUUUUGUCCUUAUUAACUAAUGUUAUUAGAAGAUUAGGUAAUGAUAUUGCCUUGGCUGCUGAUAAUUUAAUGGAUAGAUUUAUCAAAUUAUUGGAUGCUCAAGAAUCAAAUUCAUUAAUUGAAGAAGAUAUUUUCAUUGCUAUAUCUGCAGUUUCUGGAGCCAUUGGUAAAGAUUUCAUUAAAUAUAUGCCUAUUUUCUUGCCAUACUUGACCAAGGGAUUACAAAACACCGAUUCACCUACGUGUAAUACCACAGUUGGGUUAGUGGCUGAUUUAGCUCAUUCCUUAGGAUUGGAUAUUCUUCCAUAUUUGGAUGGACUCAUGUCUAUUUUGGGUACCAAUUUAAACAAUUCUGAAGUGAGAAGAGAAUUAAGACCGGCCAUCUUAUCAGCAUUUGGGGAUAUUGCCACUGCAAUUGGACCUAAUUUCCAACCAUAUCUUAGUUUUGUCAUGCAAAUAUGUAUUCAGGCAGGACAAUUUGAACCAGAAGAUAACUCCUUAGAUACGAUAGACUACGUGUUCAAUGUUAGAGAAUCCGUAUUAGAUUGUCUUGUUGGUAUUGUGGGAGGAAUGGCUGACUUACCUAAUGAAAUUUAUCCAUAUAUUGGAUCAAUAUUUGGUGUUUUACAAAGAGUUGCUCAAGAUAUCAGUAUGUCUAAUUCUGAUUCUGUGGCUAGAUCAGCUACUGGGUUAUUAGGAGAUAUUGCUGCUAUGUAUCCACCAGGAGAAUUUAAACAAGCAUACGAACAAGUUUGGGUUACUGAAUUUAUCAAAAGAACCAGAUCUAAUCCUAUUUUUGAUGAAAAGACCAAGGAUGCAGCAAGAUGGGCCAGAGAACAACAAAAGAGACAAGUCAAUGCUUAAUCACAAGUUCCCACCACCACCACCACCACAACCCUCGUUUCCUCUAAUACAUACUCUCUCAUUCAUUCCUCUCAUUUUGCACCUCUCAUACUUUUACACUCUCACUUUAACGUUUCCGAAAGUUAUUUAUUCAUGUUUGCUUUCCUAAUAGAAUCAAACCUCCUUUUUUGCCUUUUUUAAUUUUAAUGUCCAAUUCAUAUCCUCUGCAUAAAUAUCUUAUAUACUUUUAUAAAUAUAUUUUCCUUUAACGAAAUAUACACACCUGCUUAAUAGACGUUAUACACAAUUUCACAAUUAAUUUUAGACCUUGCAUUAGAACCAAAUAGUCGUAUCAUGGUUGUGAUGUGAAUUUCAGAUUAUACAAUAAGAAAACUGACUUUUAGACUGUUCGAUAGCAAUAUGCGCAAGUAUUUUUCCACCGCAAUCGGUCCAAUCGAACGGUUAAAAGAAGCGAAACAGGGUUGGUAUCCAACUCCACAACUAACUACAGAUCACAAAACAAUGAACCCAGAAUGGAUCAUACCACUGAAAAAUUACCUCCCGGGGAAAAUUCCCAAGUAAAGCCCAUCAGAAAACGGUUGCAUUGCCAGUGACAAAUGCAGUAAAGAAGCCUUGGACGCGUGGCAAUGC